AUGGGAGGUGUCUUGCCUCGGAAUAUCCAUACCACUUUUAAUUAUUACAAAGACCCCGGAGACGGUACCGAACAUGCCCCAAGCCUCGCCGGGAAAAGAGCUACAUUUAAUCAACCUUCCGUCGACCUCGAGCAUGUGGUGACAGACAUUACCGGCAGUGUGAAUAAUUACACCCUAGACAGUCACGGUUUUCAGCUAUUUGCACAUGCAAGUGAAGAGAGAGAUUUCCUUGACGAUGAGCGAAUCAAAGCAAUUUACUACCCUGAAGUCGAGAAAUUGGUUCAUGCUAUAACUGGGGCCUCGCGUGUCCACAUUUUCGAUCACACAAUCCGUCGACCAAACCCUACUGCUCUUGAUCCGGACGAUGAACGUCGACCAGUAAAACGAGCACACAUUGAUCAGUCCGAGAGCGCUGCAUUCAACCACGUCAAGCGCCACCUCGGUGAAGAUGCUGAACGCCUGUCUCGAAGCCGUUUUCAAAUUCUGAAUAUCUGGCGUCCGAUCAAGACCAUUUACCGGGACCCAUUUGCUGUCUGCAGCUCCCACUCAGUUCGAGACGAGGAUAUCCUACCAGUCAAAUUAGUGUAUCCUGAUUGGGUUGGCGAGCCGUGCACAAUCCUACCAAAUCGAAAUCAUGCCUGGUACUACAAGUAUGCGCAAACACCAGAUGAAGUCAUGAUAUUCAAGUGUUAUGAAUGGAAAAAAGAUGGUAGAGCCAGGAGAGUACCACACAGCGCGUUUGUGGAUGAAGAGAUGGCCAACAUGGAGCCACGCCAGAGCAUCGAGGUUAGGGCGCUUGUAUUUUACGAAGAUGACACAGAACGGGAAUAG